CACCUUCAGCAGAGGGGAAACACAACAUAAUCACAGAGGAAACAUGAGCUCCUAUAUCUUUUGCAUCCUACUGAGCCUGGCAGUUGCAGUUUACACCGUACCAGUACCUGAAAUUACUAGUCAAGAUGAAAAUUUGGCAGAGGGUUACCUGAAGAAAUUUUUCAACUUAACAGAAGAGAGCAGGCCCACUGCCCGACGUGGGAUCAGUGAACUCAGCAAGAGGUUGAGUGAAAUGCAGAGAUUCUUUGGUUUACAAAUCACAGGAACUCUGGAUGCUGACACUUUGGAAAUGAUGAAGAAACCCCGCUGCGGUGUUCCAGAUAACGACAUUGCCAGUUUCUCCACAUUUGGAAGUGACUUCAAGUGGCAGAAAAAUAGUCUGACAUACAGGAUAGAAAAUUACACACCAGAUAUGCCCAGGUCACAAGUCGAUGACUCCAUUGAAAAAGCUCUGAAUGUUUGGGCCAAAGUUACUCCUCUUAGAUUUACUAAAAUCAACAGUGGCACCGCAGACAUCAUGAUUUCAUUUGGUCGUCAGUCACAUGGAGAUUAUUACCCAUUUGACGGCCGUGAUGGAACUCUGGCUCACGCAUUCGCUCCAUCUUCUGGCAUUGGAGGAGAUGCUCACUUUGACGAAGAUGAGAACUUCACCUUCCGCUCAAACACUGGAUACGUCCUUUUCAUGGUGGCAGCCCAUGAGUUUGGUCACUCCCUGGGCUUGUCUCAUUCUGAUGACCCUGGUGCUCUUAUGUAUCCCACUUACUCAUAUAGAAACCCUGACACUUUUGUUCUUCCCCACGAUGACGUCAAAGGCAUCCAAACAUUAUAUGGUCAGAACACAGAUCCUUCACAGUCAGGACCGCCACCCCCCACUACUCCUGAUGCUUGUGACUCUACCAUGGUGCUCGAUGCUGUGGCUACCCUGCGGGGAGAAAUACUCUUUUUUAAAGACAGCUUCUUUUGGCGAAGCUAUCCUCUUGCCAGGACACCUCAGCAAAGUCGCAUCACAAACUUUUGGCCAAGCGCUCCAGUCAGUGUCGAUGGUGCUUACGAGAACCAACAUUCAGACAGAGUCUAUAUCUUCAAAGACGAGCGAGUGUGGGCUUUCUCCGGCUAUAAUCUGGUCCGUGGCUUUCCCCAACAAAUUUCUACGUUCGGGCUGCCCAGAAGUGUGAGGAAAAUUGAUGCAGCUUUCUAUGAUGUGGAAUCAAGAAAAACUCUGUUUUUCGUGGGUAGUUAUUACUACAGUUUUGAUGAGGCCAGAAAAGCCAUGGACUAUGGAUUCCCCAAACGUAUUGAUGAGACCUUUUCAACUCUGAAUAAAGUGACGGCAGCUUUCCAGUACAGAGGUUUUACCUACAUCUACAGUGGACCUUACAUGUAUGAGUUCGACUUGGCUACUGGGAGAUUGUUCCGUGUACUGAGGAACGGAUACUUCUUACGCUGCACAAACUUUUAGACCAGUUGGAGUGCAAAACUCUUUUUUAAAUAAGGUUUUAGGAGUUAGGAUUGUGAAAAAACAGUAAAAUCCAAACUACAAAUGUUACACUUCGUAAGUUAACAACUGCCUGUGACUUUAUACAACACACUCAUAGACUGUGUUUUGCAAUACUGUGUUUUUUUUCAAUAUGCGUAUAUAUAUACUAUUGUAUUACAUUUUAUACAAUAUACUGUAAAGAAUUAAACUGUAUGUUACUUGUAUGCCUGCUCUGAAUACUCAGUCACUUACUGCAAAUACCUUUGAGGAUUAAAACCUGAAUGGACCAACAGGAGAAUGUUGUUUACGACCAUCUCACAAGUUUUGGCAUAAUCAUAAUUUUCAGACUCCUCUGAAAAAGGUCUUAAAAAUUCAUGGGCUUAAUUCGUGUUGUUCUUGGUGAGGACACUAACUAAAAUGUUUAUUCAUCUGUUAUUCGUGGAUGGAUCAGGAUGAUAUUUGGUAGGUAUAUUCUAGGGUUUUAUAAGCAUCCAUACUCGGGAGUCCAAUUUUUGUAUUUUUUUGUCUCAGGGCUGAUUAAUUGCAGAUUGAUUAAUUACAGACUUAUUUAAUUACUCCAGCUAUCCAAAAGAUGGCAGCAUUCCAUGAUAUCUUGUUUGUGUACCGGGUGGUUGUAGUUCACUUGAACUUGUUGUAACCCUAUAAUGCCUGACCUCAGAAUUAAUAAACAGAAAAUUCAGUUUUUUUUUUUAAAUUUGAAA